AUGGGCUCCUGGCUGCUCCUGCUCCUCUUCUUCCACUCCCUCCCUUUGACUUUGGCCGGUGGAAGUCAAACCGCCACGAUCACAGUCAACGCGUCCUCGACUGUGGCGGAGACUGAUGAUAAUUUCGUCUGUGCCACCCUUGAUUGGUGGCCUCCCGAGAAGUGCAACUACGACCAGUGCCCAUGGGGCAUGGCUUCUGUGUUUAACCUGGUAAGGUUUCCCCUCAUUCAUCGAACAGAGUAUGUCAAGCGCCAGAUUAAUGUCAGGCUCUCAUGCUUUCUGGUUGUUCUCAGGAUCUACAGAAUCCCCUCCUGGCGAAGGCCAUCCGAGGUAUGUUUAGGAUCAUACGUGGUGAUCCCAUAUUUUAACCAUUUAAUGAAAUUUAAAAUAUUUCAGUGCAUGGUGGGUUCGUGUGUAAAAAGAAAUUUUAAAUUUAAUGUUUUUAAAAUAUUUUGUAAUGCGGCAGAGAUAUUAUAGAAGACGUGGGAGGUGGUAGCAGUUGAAGCUUUCUUUCUGUAUGUUUUCUUAGGAUAAUUUUUUUUUAAAAAUUAUGAGAAGUAAUUAUGUGGCUGAUGGUUCAGAUCAGAAACAGGUUUCUGUUUGUAGAUUUCGUUUUGAUGUUUCAUACGCAUGCAAUUUCUAGAAUUUAUUUAUUUUAAAAUAAAAUUUUAGUAUCACAUACAGAGGACCUCGGAGAUGUAAACAAUUAAUGUUUUCUAAAAAAAAAAAUAUUCUCGAUAACAUUAUUAUAAUCAAAUUAUUAAUGCCUACUUGGACAAAUGUCCAGAUUAGGAACAGUUUCUAUUCAUAGAAACCUUUGAAUUCCUGGUGGGCUGUUUUCAUUCUAUCUGUGCGUGGUGCAGCCUUCAAUCCCUUGAGGAUAAGAAUCGGUGGCUCUCUGCAAGACCAGCUGGUUUAUGAGGAGCCAAGCAUGGGCUAUCCAUGCCGCCCAUUCGAGAAGCAGGCAGAUGGGAUGUUUGGGUUCUCCACAGGAUGUUUGAGCAGGGCGAAGUGGGACGAGCUCAACCUCCUAUUUAUGAACACUGGGUAUGUGUGAGAGCUAUCACAUAAAUGAUUUUAUUGUCGACAUGGAAACUAUUACAUCAUACGAAAAAUCAUGAGGAUUUUAUUAUCUGAAAAAUAAACAAAACUAGAUAGAUUUUUAGAAUUUGAAGAAAUCAGAUUCAACCCAGAUAGGAUAUAAUUAAUAAAUUUCCUGAGAGAUAAAUUAGCUAUGAGAAUGAGCAAAGGUGGAUAGAAUUUCAGAUGAAUGACUUUAUAGAUCUUUAUGGCUGACCUAUUUUACUAUUUUAAUGGAUACCUGAUAGAUUCAGAAGACUCCAUCGGCUUUUCUUCAUUUUCAAUAAAAAUAUGAGCCAUUUUUGUGGUUUAAACUGGGUCAAAGAACACUUGGCCAGCCAUGAAGAUUCAAUGAAUGAAAACUGAAUAUAAACUCUUAAAAUCGGGGUAUCAGAGAACUCUAGACUAAACCGGAAUGAAUUUUUUUUGAAAAUUUCCUGAAAAUCAGGUGUAGAAUAUGUGAUUUUCAAUAAAUAUCAGAUGAAUCAAAACCAUGUAACCAAACCAUCACGAAGUUGGUUUUCAUUUUUUGUCGAACCAUGAUCUGAAUGCUAUCAAAUAUUAAUUAUAAUAAGUUUUUAUUUCUGUAUUUUGGUCUCAACUCGCACUAUCUCCCUUCUUCUCUCUUGCUCAGAGUGAUUGUCACAUUUGGCCUAAAUGCACUGCAUGGGAGACACCAAACGCGCAGUGGUGUUUGGGCUGGUCCCUGGAACUCGAGCAAUGCCCGUGCCUUCAUGGAAUACACAGCUUCAAAGGGAUAUCCAGUCGACUCUUGGGAACUCGGUAGCCUCACUCAACCUUUCUUUUUUUUUUUUUCUCUAUUCAUGUACAAGGCCAUAUUUUCAUAUUAUAAUCUCUUUAAUUAUUUUUAUGAUGGUAAUUUUGGAAAUCUGGUAACCUCUACAUAGUAUCCUUUUUUUAUUUUUUAUUUUUUUCCUGUUCUUCUUCAAAGAGCAUAUUGUAUUAUAAUGAUUGAUUCCUUUCAUUUAUUUAUUAAAAUCUUGUUGUCAGAUGAUAGCCCAUUUUCACACAUUAUAAUUAUAUUAGGAAACGAGCUAUCUGGGUCUGGAGUUGGGGCGAGGGUCAACGCUGGCGUCUAUGGGAAGGACCUGAUCAAACUGAAAGGAACUGUGAAGGAAUUGUAUGAGGGGUGGUCUUCGCAGCCUCUAGUCUUGGCCCCAGGGGGAUUCUUUGAUCACCAAUGGUAUAUGGACCUUCUUCGUGCUUCAGGACCUGGAGUUGCUGAUGUCAUCACACAUCAUAUAUACAACCUGGGCGCAGGUUAGUAAUUUUAUCAAUUUUCAUAAUUUUAUGAGAAAAACCCGUUGACUUCACCCAGAAAUACUCAAUUUUUAUUCCUGUUAUAGCAAAUAUUGAAUUGCCUCUUUAAAGAAUCCUCGGUCUUUUUGUUCUUUCCAGGUAACGAUCCUCAGGUUAUUAAUAGGAUCCUGGAUCCCCAGUACCUGAGCCGGAUAACCUCCACAUUCCAAGAUCUCCGGACCCUGGUCCAGAAGGACGGGCCAUGGGCUUCCACCUGGAUCAGCGAGUCCGGUGGGGCCUACAACAGCGGCGGCCGUCUAAUCUCUGACACCUUCUUAGACAGCUUCUGGUCUGCGUCUCUCUCUCGUGUCAUUACUGCCUGCGCUUUUCUGGCAUUCUUGAAUCCCCACUGCCACUGUCUUUCUCAUGAUCCAGGUACUUAGACCAGAUGGGUAUGGCUGCCAAGCACAGUACCAGGUGCUAUUGCAGGCAGAGUUUGAUUGGCGGCAAUUAUGGGCUCCUUGACCUCAACACCUUCAUCCCAAACCCUGAUUAUUAUGGGUAAACCAGUCCCUCCCCAAAAAGUCCGCUUAAAAUUGAUGGAUUGCGCCAAUUAUGAUAUUAUUUGCAUCAAAAUGGCUUCUUCUCUUCUCCAGCGCCCUGUUGUGGCAUCGGCUGAUGGGGAGGGGCGUUCUAGAGGUCAACCUCACAGGCUCGCCCUUCCUGCGGGCCUAUGCCCACUGCACCAAGAACAGGGUUUGGCUUCUGGCUUCUCUUCCUCCUCCUCCUCCUCCCUUGGACUCUUGCAGGAAAAUGGUUAAUUUGCGUUGGAAUAUGUAUCAAGGUUGAUGGGUGACGGGGGGUUGACUUUUGAUUGGGUCUUCUGCAGGGGGGACUCUCCCUGCUCUUCAUCAACCUCAGCAACAGCACUGAUUUCAUCGUCGACGGCGACGGCCACCUGUUCUCCGGCGUUGUUAGGGACAGCGCUCUGAUGCACGGGCUCAAGAGCGCGGUGGCCUGGAUCGGGAGGGAGGCCUCGGAAGGUGGCGGCGCCGCCGCCGGCGGCUGCCGGGAGGAGUACCACCUCACCGGGAAGGAUGGCCGCCCCCGGAGCAAGACGGUGCUGCUGAACGGUGUCCCCCUGGAGCUCACCGCCGGCGGAGAUAUCCCCGCCAUGGAUCCUCUGCUGGUUCCUCGGCAGUCCCCAAUCCGGAUCAUGCCCCUCUCCGUUGCCUUCGUCGUCUUCCCCUACUUCCACGCCCCUCCCUGCUGCGCAUGA